CAGCUUCAUCCACCCCCCUCGCUUUCUCGGACGCCGAUAAAGGAGGAGAUCUCGUCGACAUCAUGCCGCGCAAGGCUAUUGACUCGCGCAUUCCGACGCUCAUCAAAAAUGGCGUCCAGGAAAAGAAGCGAAGCUUCUUCGUCGUUGUCGGCGAUCGCGCAAAGGACGUGAUUGUCAAUCUGCAUUACCUGAUGUCCAGCAUUGAUGUCAAGCAGAACAAGUCGGUGCUAUGGGCUUACAAGAAGGAUCUGCUGGGAUUCACCAGCCACCGCAAGAAGCGGGAAGCCAAGAUCAAGAAGGAAGUCAAGAGAGGCAUCAGAGAACCCAACUCCGAAGACCCGUUCGAACUGUUCGUCACCCUCAACCAGAUCCGAUAUGUGUACUACAAGGAGACGGAGAAGAUUCUCGGAAACACCUACGGAAUGUGCAUUCUGCAAGACUUCGAAGCCAUGACACCGAAUCUGCUCGCCCGGACCGUUGAAACCGUCGAAGGUGGUGGAAUUGUCUUGUUGCUGCUGAAGAGCAUGAACAGCUUGAAGCAACUGUAUACGCUGUCGAUGGAUAUUCACUCGAGAUACCGCACCGAAGCACACGACGACGUGACCGCGCGCUUCAACGAGCGUUUCAUUCUGUCCCUGGGUAGCUGCGACUCCUGCUUGGUGAUCGACGAUGAGAUGAACGUGCUGCCAAUUUCUGGAGGAAAAAGUGUGAAGGCGUUGCCGCCCGUUCAGUCGACCGACCCGGACAACACCGGUACCAAGAAGGAAUUGAAGGAGAUCAAGGAAAGUCUCGCGGAGACUCAGUUGAUUGGACCUUUGGUCAACCUGGCCCGCACGGUCGAUCAGGCCAAGUCGCUCUUGACGUUUGUCGACGCAAUUGCAGAGAAGACCCUGCGGAGUACCGUCGCCCUGACUGCGGCGAGAGGUCGCGGAAAGUCUGCUGCUCUCGGUGUCGCCAUCGCAGCCGCCGUCGCCCAUGGAUACAGCAACAUCUUCAUCACCUCGCCAAGCCCCGAGAACUUGAAGACCCUGUUUGAGUUUGUUUUCAAGGGAUUCGAUGCUCUUGGCUACAUGGAUCACGUCGACUACACCAUCCUUCAAUCGACCAACCCUGACUUCAACAAGGCCAUCGUCAGAGUCAAUAUCCACCGUCAGCACCGCCAGACCAUCCAGUAUAUCCAGCCCCAGGAUGCUCACGUGCUGGGCCAGGCCGAACUUCUGGUUAUUGAUGAGGCUGCUGCCAUCCCGCUGCCUCUUGUCCGUAAAUUGAUGGGUCCUUACCUCGUGUUCAUGGCAUCGACUAUCAAUGGUUAUGAGGGAACGGGUCGUUCCCUCUCCUUGAAGUUGAUCCAGCAGCUUCGUGAGCAAUCGAGAGGUGGCCUCAAGGCCAGUGGCCAGGAGGACAUCGACGUCGCUGAUCGCGCCACCGGCAAAGCCUCCAAGGACUCUGGCAAGACUUUGGGAGCACGCACCCUGCGAGAGAUUACAUUGUCGGAGCCCAUCCGAUAUGCGGCCGGAGACUCGGUCGAGAAAUGGCUGAACAAGGUCUUGUGUCUUGAUGCCACUCUGCCCAAGUCCAAGAUGAACACCCAGGGCUGCCCCCACCCGUCGCAGUGCCAGCUUCUCAAGGUCAACCGGGAUACCCUGUUCUCAUUCCACCCUGUUUCCGAGAAGUUCCUCCAGCAGAUGAUGGCUCUUUACGUUGCCAGUCAUUACAAGAACACCCCCAAUGAUCUCCAACUUAUGAGCGAUGCACCGGCCCACCAGCUCUACGUUCUCGUCCCACCAAUCAACGAGGAUGCCGCCAAGCUCCCCGAACCUCUUGUUGUUAUCCAGGUCUCCCUGGAAGGUCGCAUCAGCCGACAAAGCGUUCUCAACAGCCUGAGCCGUGGACAGCGUGCGGGAGGUGAUCUGAUCCCGUGGCUCGUCAGCCAGCAGUAUCAAGAUGAAGAUUUCGCCGGCCUUUCGGGUGCCCGAGUUGUUCGCAUCGCAACCAACCCUGAGUAUCUGGGCAUGGGCUACGGAUCGCGGGCCCUUGAGUUGCUCACCGAUUUCUACGAGGGCAAGUUCACCGAUCUCUCCGAAGAAACCAUGGCGACGCAAGAGGAGAUGGUCCGGGUGACCGACGAGGAACUGACGAACUCCAACCUUCUGGACGACAAUGUCCAUGUUCGGGACAUCCGAUCCAUGCCGCCCCUCUUCGCCAAGUUGUCCGAGUGUCGCCCGGAUCACCUUGAUUAUCUCGGUGUCAGCUAUGGCCUGACUUCGUCCCUGCACAAGUUCUGGAAGCGCUCCUCUUUCUCCCCCGUCUAUCUCCGCCAAACGCCCAACGAACUGACCGGCGAGCACUCGUGCGUGAUGCUGCGCACGCUGUCCACGGGCGCCAACGACGCGAGCUGGCUGGGUGCUUUCGCUCGUGACUUCCACAAGCGAUUCCUCACGCUGCUGUCGUAUCAGUUCCGCGAGUUCCCCGCCAUCCUUUCGAUGAGCAUCUGCGAAUCGGCCAAUGCCGGCGCCCAGCUCGAUUCCAUCGCCCCGACGCCGCUGAUGAAGUCUACCAUUGACACUGCCUUCUCGCCCUUCGAUCUCAAGCGUAUCGACAGCUACGCCAACAACCUGCUGGACUACCACGUCAUCCUCGACAUGGUCCCCACUAUCGCCGAAUACUACUUCUCCGGUCGCAUGGACAAGCAUGUCAAGCUCAGCGGCAUUCAGCAAUCCAUGCUGCUUGCCAUCGGUCUGCAGCGCAAGUCUUUGGACCACCUCGAGAAGGAAUUGACUGUGCCCUCGUCGCAGCUCCUGGCCAUGUUCCUCAAGACCAUGCGCAAGGUGUCCACGCACUUCCGCUCCAUCAUCGAAGGCGCCGUUGCCGAAUCCAUGCCCGCCGAGAAAGUCCCCGUCACGCACUCCUCCACCGAAGCCCACGACGAGGUCGCCGACGAGCGAUUCAAGCCGCUCGAGCAGGGCCUGGAUGACGAGCUCCGCGAAGGCGGUCAGCAGGUGAAUGACGAGCUGCGCGAGAAGCAAAGAGCCUUGAUCGACGCUUUGCCUUUGGACCAAUACGCAAUUGACAACGGCAGUGCCUCGUGGGAAGACGCCGAGAAGCAGAUCCGUGGUGGUGGAGCUGCCACCGUUAGCGUCAAGUCGGCGAAGCAGAGCAAGCGCAAGAAGGGUGAAUCGGCGCGAGAGAUCUACGACCAGGAGGUUGAUUCGAAAAGACAGAAGGUCAUCAAGAAGGGGACUGAAGGGCGGAAGAAGAACUAGAUGAUCUUUGUUGUUCGCAUAUGAAAAAGUCAAGACAAGAGCAAGCGUGUUGGGUUUGCAUAUUGUUAAGAUGGUGUUAUCUGGUUGUUUGGGUUCGAUAUGAAAGAUUUUCUCAACUGGACUCGUCCGGUGACGUUCUACGUGCUAUUGUAUAUAGAGAAAAGUCUCUUAAUCUGAUUUAUGUCUGGUAAUUGCGG